UCAUCGGCAACUGCAUCGUGCUGCUAUGUGCUCAGCUCUGCUCUGCCGGUGCUGUCCCGCUGUCUGGGCAUCACGAACUUCGACCUUCUCGCGACUUUGUCGCAUCGACUGGCUCGGCAACUUUCGCGUCGUGCUCUCCUACAACGUGCUGUUCGCCGGCGCCACGGUGCUCUGCCUCGUGACGACUUUCACGGCCACCGUGCGACGCGAGCUCUACGUGAGGCUAGGCUUCGAACACAUCUCCAGGUUGAAGCAUGAACAGUGGGUGCGCUUGCCUUUCAACCGUCUCCACGACCUCGGGGCCAAGAGCAUGCGCAGCAUGGCCGCCACCACCGACCUUAAGCUCGACUAGAAGCGUCCUUAAUGGUCGCUGCGACUCGGUGUGCAACGCUCCAUGACCAUCACCAUAGGGCCACACCCUGACAUAGUUGUGUCACACGUGGCGGUACCACAUGUAACGGUGCGCUCGCACGAAGUUGAGAAGGCAUUCAUGUGGACUCGGCAUUACGAUGGACCGUUCAUUGUCGUGGGCAGAGCGUGAUUGCAAUUGUGCUCGCUAGAGGGCGCAUGUCAUCGCAUCGUCGCCAUUGUUUUCUACUUGGUGUUGGUGUGAAUGGUGACCCGGCACACUGCUCGCAGUGACAUACGUUGAGGACCCAAUCGCAUCGAAUUGUGACAGCCGCCAUUUUAACAGCUACAGCAUGCAGGUGCAUCUGUUGCGUAAUACAGGGGUCACCACUGUGGCUACAAGGCUAAUAAGCACCGCAAUACUUGGCGAGGGGGUUUGCACGAGGAGAAUUCUGCGGGCCAGGAGUCUACGAUAGGAUGGGAUUCCAUCGUCGCUGGCAGAGGAAGGGCUAGGCAUCACGGUAGGAUAUCGUUCGUCAUUCCUCGUGCAGUUUCACGAUUGUGUGGGCGCGUGACACGUUCCACGAUGUAUGUACGGCGCAGAGUAUGCAACCACUCGGAAUGGCCACGUCAGCACGGACCAAGUAUUCUGAACUGACAGUUAUUGACAUGGCUUAUUUCAAUCCACUAACGUAUAUUGUUUGUCCGAUGACAUACUGCAUACGCUGUAUAUUUUGCGGUCGUUUAAUUUUCGCGAAUUUCGCGAACGCGAAAAUAACAACACGCGAAAAUACCAAUAUGCUGUUGUUCACUGAUUCGGGAAUUCAUCGACCGCGAAAUUAACCUCUCGCGAAAUUGUCCGUCAAGUCUGAAUUCGCGAAAAUAUCUGUACCUACGUGAAAAAUAUGGUGUAUACAGUACGUGUCAACUGUCAAGCCAGCUAAGAAAGCUGUAACUAGGUAGGCGCAAGGUUCAAGUUUAACCAUUAACGUUUUAACCUGUAGUGAAUGCUGGCCUACAUUUGAUAGAGCCUAAACAAUUCAAUACAGGUUGUAAGAGAGGGUAGAAUAUAUUAUAUAUAUAUAUAUGGCGGUAUAUGGUAUAUAUUCUACAUAUAUAUGAUAUAUAU